GUAGCAGGUAGCCGGGAGACGUACGAUAGUUAUAAUUUUAAAAGACUGAUUUUGUGUUACUUUUACCCCUAUCAAGAUGGGGAAAAGUAGUAUUAGCGUUUUAAGUGUUAUUUUAUUAAUUUCCGUUUUAUGGAAACCAACUAUCGCCAAUGAUAAAUGCUCUCUAGGAUGCAAAGGAUCCCCGACUACCCAAUCUUUCCUGAACGGACAUAAGUACAACUAUGGCGUCGAAGGCACUGUUACUGUCUUCCUGACAGGAGCUUCCAACCAAGAGACCAGUGUCAAACUCCUGGGACAGGUCUCCGUCUCCUCUGUAGGCAACUGCGUACACGAGCUGUCUGUGCAGAACUUGGUGAUCUCUGGCCCUGAUGGCAAGAAACACCAAAGCCCGCCCGGUAUUGACAAACCAAUCCGCUUCACUCUGCAAGAUGGCCGCACCGGUCCCGAGAUCUGCGCUGAGGAGGGUGACACUCGCCGCUCCCUCAACAUCAAGAGGGCCAUUAUCUCUCUGCUGCAGACAGAACAGAAGUCAUCCACUCAGGUGGACAUCUUCGGAACAUGCCCCACGGAAGUAUCAUCAUCUCAGGAAGGUAGCGCAGUACUGGUCCACCGCAGCCGCGAUCUGUCCCGCUGUGGACACCGCGAGCAGGGCAAGAACGACCUCGUCACUGGUGUCUUCAACCCCAGCGCCGAAAUCAAGGACACCCAAGUUCUUCAGUCCUCGAUGAACGUGGAGACCAAGGUCAACAAUGGAGUACCUGAAAAGGUGGCCGCUACUGAAGAGUACCUGUACAGACCUUUCUCUGUCGGAGAAAAUGGAGCCAGGGCUAGGGUCCACACCAAGCUCACCCUGACCGGCAAAGCUAGGGCUGCUAACAACCCAAGCCACUGCACUGAAACCCGCACCAUCAUCUUUGAGAACCCCCAUGGCGUCACCAUGAACCAGAACAACAUGCAAUCCGCUCUCAAUGCCGUUAAGGAGACAGCAAAGACUGUCGCUACUGAAGCCAGCUCCAAGUCUGCUGGAAACUUCGCCCAGCUCGUCAGGGUCCUCCGCACAUGCAGCAAGGAUGACCUCAUGAAGGUCUACAGCCAUGUCAAGGGCAACAACGUUGAGAAGCGCGUCUUCCUUGACGGUUUGAUCCGUGCUGGAACAGGCUACAGCAUUGAGGCUUCCAUCCAACUGCUGAAGAGCAAGGAAUUGGGUCCCAUCGAACAAAAGCUGGUCUUCUUCUCCUUGAGCAACGCCAGGCACGCCAACAACGAUGCCUUGAAAGCUGCUGCUGGCCUUUUGGACUUGCCGAAUCUACCCAGGGAAGUAUACCUCGGCGUUGGUGCCUUAGCUGGUGCCUUCUGUCGUGAACAUCAAUGCCACCACAGCAAGAACGAUGGUAUUGUAGCCUUGAGCAACAAGCUUGGAGCCAAACUGCAGAACUGCAGGCCUAAGAGCAAGGUUGAAGAGGACAAUGUCGUAGCAAUCCUGAAGGGUAUCCGCAACAUUCGUCACUUGGAGGACUCUCUGAUCGACAAGCUGGCUCACUGUGUCAGCGACAACAAUGUUAAGGCCAGGGUUAAGGCUGCAGCGUUGGAAGCUUUCCAGGCUGACCCUUGUGCUAGCAAGCUGAAGAAAACCGCCAUUGACAUCAUGAAGAACCGUCAGCUGGAUUCUGAGAUCCGUAUUAAGGCCUACUUGGCUGUCAUCUCUUGCCCCUGCUCACACUCCGCCUCCGAGAUCAAGAACUUGCUCGACUCAGAGCCAGUCCACCAAGUUGGCAACUUUAUCUCGACCUCCCUCCGCAACAUUCGCUCGUCUUCCAACCCCGACAAGAAGUUGGCUCGCCAGCACUAUGGUCUUAUCCGCACACCCAACAAGUUUAACACCGAUGUCAGGAAAUACUCUUUCUCUGAGGAAGAAUCCUUCAACGUCGAUGCUCUGGGUCUCGGUGGAAACAUCGAGAAGAACAUCAUCUACUCUCAGGACUCGUUCUUACCUCGCUCCGUGAACAUGAACCUCACCUGUGAAGUCUUCGGACACAGCUUGAAUGUUCUUGAGGUUGGAGGUCGUCAAGGCAACUUGGACCGCGUAGCCGAGCACCUCUUCGGACCUAAAAGCUUCUUGCGCACUGAAGAACCCCAAGAAUUGUACAACAAAUACGUCGAGAAGUUCAACCAGUACAAGGACAAGGUAGAGGGUGGCUUCCACAGAGGCCGUCGCUCCAUCAAGAGUGAUGUCGACAGCUUUGACAAGAACUUGAAAGCUGAAGCUGCUCCCUUCAACAACGAAUUGGACUUGGACCUGUACGUCAAACUUUUCGGAACUGAUGCUGUCUUCCUAUCACUUGGAGAUGACAAGGGCUUCGACUUCGACAAGAUCAUCGACCAGUUCAUGCAGUACCUGAACCAGGGCAUGAACCAAGUUAAGCACUUCCAGCAAGAAUUCCGCGCUCACAUGCUGUUCAUCGAUGCUGAGCUCGCCUACCCCACCUCCACUGGUCUGCCUCUGAAGCUUGACAUUGUUGGAGCCGCUACUGGUCGCCUUGAGGUCGCCACAAACAUCGAUAUCCGCCAAUGCAUCAGCAACCCUAAGGAUGCCAAGAUCGACAUCAAGUUGGUCCCCAGCACUGACAUUGAAAUUACUGGAGCUUUAUUAGUGGACGCUGAUGCUAUCGCCGCUGGUCUUAAAGUCAUCGUCAACCUGCACAGUUCUACUGGUGGUCAUGUUGUCGCUAAAGUACUUGAGAAUGGCCGUGGUUUCGAUCUACAAAUCGGUCUCCCGGUCGAAAAGCAAGAGAUCGUCACUGCCUCCAACGACCUGGUCUACUUCUACGCUGAAAAGGGACAAGUUGAGAAACACACUCCAAUUAAGAUGGACAAUGUUGUGAAGGAGAACGCUGGUUGCUUCGACCAAGCUGCUGACUUUAUUGGAUUGACUGUCUGUGGAGAAAUGACCGUGCCCUUCACUGUUUCUGGACCUGAUGCUCAAGCUUCAAUCGCCAAGUACCUAUCGAGCUACCCAUUGACUGGAAAGACUAAGUUCCGCGUAAUGUUGGAGAAACAGAACCUCAAGGGAUACCACAUCAAGGGCGUUGCCCGCUCAGAACCAGGAAGUGGCAGGGAGUCCUUCGAACUGCUCUUUGACGCUGAAGGUGCCAAAUACGGCCGUGCUCAACUUUUGGGUGAAUACGUCUACAGCAAGAACGAGAUGGGUGCUCUUUUAGCUUUCAACUCGCCCAUGAAGACCAUCUCUGGACAAGCCACUUUCUACCGCAAACCCAGUGAAAUGACCGUCGUAGUCAAGGGCAAGUACGACGCCAACGAAAUCUACGGUAAAGUUGGUUUCAACGUACAAGGCGGCGGUAACCGCAAGGUUUACAAGCCCAUCGCUGAGUACCAGAUGCCAGGAGAAAAGGACAAGCACAACAUUCCUAUUUCUGGACAAGUUGUCGAAGAAGUCGGUGGUGGUAAGACCAAAUACUCCAUCGAAAACAUUAAAAUGAACUUACCUAGUGUCAAGGACCCCAUCUGCAUUGACGGACACUUCGCCACUGCUGGCGACAACGAAGUUGAAUUUGAUACCACUGUGAAGGACUUGGCUUCUCUCAAGGGAUCAGUGAAGAAGAACGAUGUCAACAUUGAGUUCCAGAACAGGUUGAACCCAUACAUCAACUUCAGGCUGAAGGGUCACUUCGAAUACGAACCUAUUGCUCGCAAUGAAAUCGACCUGAUCUACGGUGGUGAUCUUAAGAACACACAAAACCGCGUCGUUUUCUCACAAAUGUUGAAAUACCACAAGAACAGCCCGGAAGACUUUAACAUUAUCACCAAGAACAAGUUCGAAAUCCAUGCCGUGCCUCUGAAGGUCAAAUUCGACGCUGACAUUGACCCCAAGAAGGUAGAUGUUGAAGUUGAAGGUCAAUACAUGGACAAGAAGGCUGACUUUGAUCUCGAAGCCAGGAGUCAAAUCAAAAAACCAGGAGACUACAGCAUUAAGAUGAAGGCACUGUAUGACAAGAAUGGAGUUGAAGUCUUCGCCAAGAGAGACAUCGUGUCCGCUGACAAAUCGAACCUCGAAAACUACAUUGAGUUCAAGAACAUUGGCAGAUACGAACUGUCUGGAGUGCUGCUCCACAAAACCAAGCCUAAUGACAUGAACGUUGGCGCCAUUGGUCACCUGAAGGCCACAGUCGGCAGCAAAACACAGGACAUCAAGUUCGACAUUGGAGCGAUCGAAACCACAAGCUUGUAUUCUUCUCACGCCAAGAUCUCCGAGAGUCAGGGAGACAUCAUUGACUUCCUGCUGAAGACUACUCGUGGACCCAACGCCAAUGGACAACUGAAGCUGAUCAUUAAGAAUGCUAUCUCUGCCAACGGACAGUUCAAGUUUACUGAGAGCGAUGGCAAGGGCAAUGGAAUGAUCAUCGUUGAUUUCAAACAGGCUCAACGCAAGAUCAAGGGAGACUUCAAGUUCAUGGCGAAGGCUCCAGCAUACGGCGCUGACGUCGACAUCUUCCUCAACUACGAGAAGAACAACAAUGACAAGAUCCACUUCAGCACCAACACAAAGAGGACUGACAAGAUGCUGGACUCCAAGAACAAAUUUGAGUAUUCUGGCCAGAAGUUCGAGCUGAAUGCCCGCCAGGAAGGAGUGCUCACUGCUGUUGGAAAAACCCACGGCAUGAUCGAGGUCGUCCUGCCCACUGAGAGGUGCAUCAGCCUGAAGGUGGACCGUGACAUUAGCCAGAGCAACGAUAAAUACAAUGGACAUGCUGAGGUCGUGCUCUCAGACGCUGCCAAGCGCGGAGGAGCAGCUUCCAUCAUCAGCUACAAGGGCAAGGCUAGCAACACCAACUUCGACAAGGACAUCAUCAACUACGAAGGCCAAGUAGAACUGAAGCUGAAGGAUGGCCAGAACCUGUUGAAUACUUUCAGUCUUAAGAACAACCCUGAAGGAGACAAAUUCAAGUUUGACUUCAAAUAUGACGUCACCGGUAACUUGCUGCCCAAGCCCGUUUCCCUGGUUGCUAGUGGAACCUACGUGGACUCCUUGACUGAAGCUGAUGACAAGUACCGUGUCAAGGGUAGCUAUGGAGAUGACACCAGCUUCGAGUUCGCUGGCGUCAUGCAGGCUAAGCUUUUGGAGGGUGAUAAGAAGUACUUGGAUGACUUCACCGUCAACGUGAGACUGCCAUUCGAGAAAGCCCAUGACAUCAGGCUCGUAUCCACUGUGCUUUACGUCCAACCUGAGAACAAGGAUGUCGUCGAGUUCACCAUUGUAGAAUCCAUCCAAGUGAAUGCUGAUGUUUACAAGAUCGAUGCUAACGGCAAGGUCAGUCCUCAGACUGGUCUGUCAACCUUGAAACUUCUUGUGCCCCACGUAGACCCUGUUGUCCUGGACGUCAACUACAAGGUUGACCAAGAUGGAGACAAGUACAACAACCAUGUUGAAAUGAAGGCUAAAUACGGCAAGGGCAAGUCUGCUAUCAUCUCCAUGGACGCCGAAGUUGCUCCUCGUGACAACAAGGUCAGCAUCAAGGCUAACGCUCCUCAUGCUGAGGGCCUGAAGAAACUGGAGUUCAGCGUCCACUCUAAGAACCCCUCACCCGACACCUACAUCUCCAACGUGAUCGUCGACGCUGAUGGCCGUGUGUACAAGUCUGACUCCAUCAUCGUGCUAUCUAAGGCUCAUCCUCAAAUUGAUGUCAAAUACACCAGCCCAUCUACACCUAAACCAAGCAGGCUGUACCUGAAGGGAAGCUCCUUGAGCUCAACUCAAGGCAAGAUUGAGGUGAAAGUUGAGAACAUCCGCGACAUCAACUUCGACUGCGUCUCUGAAGGCAACGUGCAGAAGGACAAUGUCAACUUCAAGAUGACCGCUAACUCUGAGAAACUUGGCAUGAAGAACUACCAGGUGGAAAUCGCCAGCAAGGACGCUGGAAACGGCAAGCGAUUGGAGUUCCACGCUACAAAUGACAACAAGAAUGUUCUUAGUGGAAGCACGUCGUACAUCAGCAAACAGGAAGGUCCUAAGAUGAUCAUCGAAGGAUCUGGUGCUGUCAAGGUCAAGGAUGAACAAAAAUCCGCCAACUUCAAGUACAUCCGCACCAUCCUCGGCGAAGGAAACGAGAAGGGUGUUGAGACCUUCUUCAACAUGGCUAUCGGAGAACGCAGCUACGUCGCUGAAUCUCGCGUUACCAACUUGGAAUACAAGAACUCAUACGUCUACUGCGAGGAGAAGAAACAGUGCGCUCACGCCGAAAUCAACUCUAAGAUCGACACAUCCAAACCCGGCGUCAUUACCAACGUUGUCAGCGCUGGCUUCGACUUGCGCAAAUUGGGUAUUGCUCCUGAAUUCGGCCUGAUGAUCAAGGAUGAGGUGUCAGACCAGAGACUGCCACAGUACACCCUGGACCUGCACAUCAACAAGGAAGACAAGAAAUACCACAUGCACGUCUACAACACUCCUGAAUUCGGAAAUGCCAAGUCUGGAAUUACCAUCCAGCUUCCUCAGCGUAUCAUGGCUUUGGAAUCCGUGGUCAGCUACCCAACCAACAAGGGUCUGCCAUUCCCCGUGCGUGGAGAGGUCAGCCUGGACUUGGACAAGAACAAGCAGGGUCACAAGACUAGCGCCAGAUUCCUGGUUGACAUGGACGUCACUAAUGAUAAGAAACAAUCGGCCGUUGCUGAGUUUGGAUUCAACCAUCCUAAACUGAAGAAGGAAGCAGUAGUGAAGGUCCAUGGAUCCGUGCUUCAUCCUCAACAGAACUCUAUCAAGAUUGAAACAUCUGCCUCCAUCUCACACCCAAUUCUUGGCGCCGACCGCGAAUCCAAACUGUUGUUAGAAGGAUCACCAACUCACGUCAAGUUCUUGGUGAACACUCCUCUCGUUAAAGUAGUAGACCUGGAAGGAACAGCCACAGUCAACGAGAACUUGCAGAAGGGAGAGAUGAAGGUCUGCCUGCUGGAAGGCAAACCUGUCCGCGUGAUCGCCAUGGCCAAGGACUACCAAUACUUCGAGUUCACCACAGAUGAGUCUGACCGCAAACUGUCGAUCGUUGGUCACGUCCAACCCGAGAAGCGUGUGGAUAUCAGCGCUGACCUGAUCCUUGGAGGAGAGAAGAAGAACAUGGUACACGGUGCUCUGUUCCUGGAUGACAGUCUCAACCUUAAGACCGACUACGGCAUGUCCAAGGACAACUUCAACUACUUCUACUCUGCACUUCGCAAGGAUCUGGACAACUUGGAAGCUCGCAUUAAGCAGCUGGGAGACAAGGCCAGUGAAGACUUCAAGGCCGUCCUGCAGCGCGCUGAACCGACCUUCAAACAGAUUGAGAAGUCUUACAACGACGAUCUGGCUAAAUUCUACAAGGAAAUCGCUGAUGACAAGGUCCUGAAGGAGAUCUCUGAGGCCUUCCACGUGAUCGUCCAGUACUUCGCUAAGAUGUUGGAUGAAGUGCUGAAGAGCACCAAGCCUUUGGUGGACAACAUCCUCAACACCUACACCGAGGCUGCCAAGCAGAUUAAGGAGAUGUACGAGAAGAAGUUCGAACCAGCCCUGAAGCAGUUCUACGCUACUUUGGCUAAAUACUUCAAAGAAUACCUGGACUCUCUCAUCGAGGUUGUCGCCCGCUACUCCGCUCUCACUGCUGACUUCUACGAAAAGCACAAGCCAGAACUUGAGGAGCUCACCAACGCUCUCACCGCUAUCUUCAAGGACUUGACUCGUCUCCUGGUCGCUCAGAUCAAGGAAUUCCGUGCCCGUGUCGUUGCCCUCACUACCGAGUUGAGCCAGUCCAUCAAGGACAUGCCCAUCUUUGCCCUAUUGAAGGAGAAGUACCAAGAACUCGCUAUCCCAGAGCAGGCACUGGCUCUCCUUGGAGACGCAUAUAACACGAUCCGCGCACUCAUCCCAACUCCUGAGAUCAAGGACUUCACUGACGCCGUCCACUCUUACGUCACCAGGAAACUGAAACAAGAGAAAGUGGAUGACCAGAAGGAACUCCGCAUUAUCUACCAGAAACUGUCCACCGCCGUCACAUCCCUGAUCCAAUUCAUCCGCGCUCAGCUUGGACAAUUUGGCGUACCGUCCGGACCUCUUAGCUUCAACCCGCUGUCCUUCUCUCCUGGCUCCGUGCAGUCUGCCCCGGCCCUAGGAAGCCCACCAUCAGCCAGCCUCCUCAGCAAACUGCUGACAGGAGACGCACCUGAUGUCCUCGCUUUGAUCAAGUCCUACAGGCCUAAGAGCUUGAACCCUCUGGAUGAGGUGCCCGCCAAACUCCGUGCUGUUGUCGUCAACGGCCAACACAUCUUCACAUUCGAUGGCCGCCACAUGACCUUCCCUGGCAACUGCCGCUACGUACUCGCCCACGACCACGUCGACAGGAACUUCACUCUCAUGAUGCAGCUCGCCAACGGACAGCCCAAGUCUCUGAUCUUAGAAGACAAGAGCGGCACCAUUGUUGAACUUAAGGACAAUGGACAGGUUACCCUGAACGGUGCCAACCACGGCUUCCCAGUCAUCGAGAAGGAUUCGUUUGCUUUCCGUCAAGCAAACGGCCGUAUCGGUCUCGGAACACUGUACGGCUUGAUGGCCUUCUGUACCAACAAACUUGAGGUUUGCUACAUCGAAGUGAAUGGCUUCUACCUCGGCAAAUUGCGCGGUCUUCUCGGAGACGGUAACAACGAGCCCUACGACGACUUCCGUCUACCCAACGGCAAGAUCUCCUCAUCUGAGAGCGAAUUCGGCAACGCAUACCGCCUAGCCCGCAGCUGCCCACAAGUGCAGACCCCUGAACACAACCACCACCAGCUCCACCACAUGGCCAUGCCACCAGCAUGCGAACAGGUCUUCGGAGGAUCCUCACCACUCAGGCCACUCAGCCUCUUCCUGGACAUUUCACCAUUCAGACAAGCUUGCAUCCACGCUUGCUCUGGCGAAUCUAAGGAAGCUCUCCACCAAGCCUGUGACUUAGCUCGCGGUUACGCUGCCCUGGCCCUGACCAGCAUGCUGCCUGCUGUCCUGCCCGAUGUAUGUGUACAGUGCAGAGAUGCUGACAAGCCCAGAAAUGUGGGAGAAAGCUACGAACUGAAGGUCCCCAACAAGCAAGCUGACAUUGUUGUCGCAUUCGAAACUACCAAGGAUAACGAGAAGAACUACAAGGACAUCGUAGUGCCCCUCGUUGGCCAGGUGCUGGAAGGUCUCAAGGCCAAACGUAUCACAGACGUGAAGGUCUACCUCGUCGGCAUCACACCCAAGUUCCCCUACCCCAUCAUCUACGACACUGACCAGAGACUGAAGAACGCCAAGGUACACUUCGAUGACAACAGCCGCUACCAGAGGUUGGCUGACAAGUUCAAGACCAAGGAUGGCCACUACGAUCGCUACAUCAACGAGGUCGCUUCCAUCAUCGAUGCUAUCAGGAUUGAAUUCGGACUUACCAACGUUGUUGCUGGAUACCAAUCCAUCUUCGACCUUCCGUUCCGUGCUGGUGCCGUCAAGCACACCAUCAGCGUUGUCGGAGAGGAAUGCAUCAGCCAAUUCUUCUUGGUGGAAGUGGCCCGCUCCAUCGCUUACAGCGUUGCCUUCGAGAACAUGGCGUACUCUCACUCUAUCAUCACCGUCACUCCCUCCGGAUCAAUGAAGGUCAACGGCAAGAACCCCGCACAGAUUGUCGGCUACACCGAACGCGCUGUGAUCAUGCUAGGAGACAAAAAGGUCGGUAAAGAUGCUGAGAACCUCAGGAGCACACUCACAAAGACACCAGAUGCCUGCAGGGACUUCGUUGAAUCGACUGACGGCAUCGUGUUCUCUGCCACGAACUUCCACUCCAUGAACCCUGGACAGCAGAAGCAGUUCAUCUCGACUGCAGCUGCAGCCAUCAACCAGCGACUGCUGCACGAAAGUGUCGUGCAGGACUGCACCUGCGUGUACGCUGAUCCAUUCAGGGUACGCUCUGUGUGUGUCUCCAAGGACAGGAAGGAAGUGGCUCGCAGACGGAAGUAAUCUGCGCCCGAAACUGUGAUCCAAUCGUUCCAAGUACCAAAUACUCUAGCAUUAUGUAGCCAAGUGGGAGCGAGAUGCACAUACAGAGAUGUAUAUGCGUCUCACUCGCACA